CAUGUCUGGGCAUUUGGGAAACCCCGUCAGGGACUAAUAUUAUCACGCAUCAGUACCGGCAGCCAGGGAGACGCUGGUGCGCUCUUAACCUCUCCACUGGAGUUUACUAUCCCGGCGCGCCAAUGGACGCACGGCCCAGGAGACGGAUUGGGGAUUAAUUGGGUCCCGUGCCACCGGUUUUAGCAUGAAAAAGAGAUCUCCGCUCCGGGAUCAAGCCCUCCAUGGACAGACAGGGUGCGCAGAGUGCGAUCAGCUUAUGUAGAUGAAGUGGCCAUGGAGAGAAGGCAGUGUGGAGCCCACCAGAUCUGCACUCUGACUCUGCUGCUGGUCUCCCUCUAUCCCCUGUACUGCCGAGCCAGCUGGAUGUGGUUGGGAAUAACGUCAGUGGGAGUGCCGGAGAAGCUGGGCUGCGCCAGCCUCCCGUUGACCAACAAGCAGAGGGAGCUGUGCAAGAAAAGGCCGUUUCUGCUGCCCAGCAUCCGGGACGGAGCGCGCCUGGGCAUCGCCGAGUGCCAGAGCCAGUUCCGACACGAGCGGUGGAACUGCUCGACCAGCGCCGAGCACGCCGUGUUCGGCUACGAGCUGACCAGCGGAACCAAGGAGACGGCGUUUAUCUAUGCAGUGAUGGCAGCGGGGCUGGUCCAUGCCAUCACCCGCUCGUGCAGCCAGGGCAACAUGACGGAGUGCGGCUGCGACACCAGGCUGCAGGGCGCCGGCUCGCCCACCGAGGGCUGGCACUGGGGCGGCUGCUCCGACCACAUCCACUACGGCACCUGGUUCAGCCGCAAGUUCAUCGACGUCGGCAAGAACGCGUCCUCUGCCAAGGGCGGCUUCUCCCUGCUCACCAUGAACCAGCACAACAGUGAGGCCGGGCGCCAGGCCAUCGACAAGACAAUGUCCACUGACUGCCGCUGCCACGGCGUCUCAGGCUCCUGCGCAGUCAAAACAUGCUGGCGCACCAUGGCCUCAUUCGAGGGAGUGGGCAACUUCCUCAAGGAGCGAUAUGAAAACAGUGUGCAGGUGCUGGAGCGCCCCAACAGGAAGCUGAGGAGGAAGGACAAGGAGCAGCGGCGCGUGGCCAUAGGCAAGGACGAACUCAUUUUUUUCAACAAGUCGCCCAACUACUGCCUGGAGGACAAGCGCAGGGGCGUGUCGGGCACACGGGGGCGCCGCUGCAGCCGCACCUCUCAAGGCCCCGACGGCUGCAACCUGUUGUGCUGCGGGCGGGGUUACAACACACACGUGGUUCGGCACGUGGAGCGCUGCGAGUGUAAGUUUGUGUGGUGCUGCUACGUCCGCUGCAGGCGCUGCGAGAGCAUGAACGACAUGCACACCUGUAAAUAAGCUAGAGAAGAGAGGACUCAAAGACCCAUAAACAAACUCACCCACCGGUGCUUGGAUGCAGAUUAAAUCACAUGGUUACCAGUGUUCUCAAACAUACACUCCUGCACAGCCCUCCUUGCCCCCCACAGGGAGGCAGUAGUUCCACAUGGCUCCCCAGCUGACCAGAAAACAGACUGGGACUGGUUGACUGUCUUGUCCCAGCAGAGGACAUUAAUGUUUUAUUUUGAUACUUAAGGACUCAAACAGUUCUGCUGGACCUCCCUCUGGCAUCCAGCGUCUUCAAGAGGACUGACAAGCUGUCACAUAUGACUGUUAAAAUGAAACUGGCAUCAGGGGACAUUAUGAAUUCUCUGUGAGAGGAGUACAAAGGGAACUCAGAUCGCCUGGAGACUCUGGGUGCACUUCUUCAGCUCUGCCUCUCUCUGCUAGUGUUGCCAAUAGUUAUGAUAAUCUGUUAUGUAGCUGUAGAUUGCUUUAUGAAUAAGUCUGAUUCUAAAUCAUUGUUGGCAGGGAUGCAAAUCAGCUUAUUUUUGAGGACAAAGGUGCUUCAAGAUUGCUGAAGAAGCGCUAAAUAAAUAAUAUUAGAAUAUAAGCCAGGAGAACUAAAUAUGGGAAUUCUUUUUUUUUUUUUUUUUUUUUACAAUAAGCAAUUGUACUUUUAAUAAUGACAGAUAAAGGCAAGAAACAGAACAUCUGCUAUAUCAUUUAAUAUUUUUGACAGAAAAUAAGUGAAAUGCUAUGACCUUUUUUACAUUGUUUUAAUUAUAACUAUUGUGGGGGAAAAUAGGCAGCAUGCAAUCAUUUCUACCAUAUUGAAUAAUUCUGAAAAAUUCAGGGCAAUAUAAAUUAACAUAUGAAAAGCAUAAUUGUGUCAAGAGAGACUAUAUAAAACAGAAUUAGUAUUUUUGUAAAUUGUUUAUAUUUUGUAAAUAUUAAAUUAUGCUGUA